AUGUUGGUUAUAAGUAAUCAAAAGUUGUCAUUUCGUUCAAUAAGUCAAGUAAAACCAUAUUCUUCAUUAAAAUUAUCAUCAGAGGCCAGAAAUUGUUUACGAGGUGCAUACUUUCGUGAAGAAAUGGUAGCUGAUCCUCAAAUAGCUGAAGUAUAUUUACGAAGGGCUUUAGAAAUUGCAAUUAAUAAACAAAAUUUAGAUUUGGAUGACCCUGUAGUUAUAGAUAUUUGGUUACGUAUAGCUUAUAAUUACGUGUGGAUGAAAAAAUUCGAGGAUGCUAGUUUAGUCUAUAGAUCUAUUUUAGAAUUAUUGUUACAAUCUAAAAAUUCAGAAAAUUUCAAGAAAGCAAUCGAAGUAUCAAAAAAGUUGGCUGAGGUUUAUAUCAAUAUGAAAGAAUUUGAUAAUGCUGAAAAAUGUUUGUGUUGGUCCAUUGAGAUGUUACAACUUGAUGAACAGGAAUAUGAUAAUAAAAAGAAUUGGAUAAUUGAUGAUAAUCAAAGCGGAAAAUUAGAAAUUCCUACAUCGAUUUUUGAAAAUUCUAAAAUUACUAAUGAAGAAUUGGUUAAAUUUGUCGAUUUGCUUGCGGGUUUAUAUGCUCAGCAAAAGAAGUUCGAGCUUGCUUUACCUUUGUAUUUAGGAAUUCUCAAAACAUUACAAAACCAGCAGAAAGAUCAAGGUCAAGAUAAAUGGAAAUGUUGGGAAGCCAUAACAAUGGGACAUUUAGGUGAAGUGCUUUAUGGUGUAGGAAAACAAGAUGAAGCGAUGGGAUGGAUGCAACAAGGCUUAACUAUUUCAAAAAAUAACAGUGGUAACAGAGAUUGUGAUGAAUGUUCUGGCGUUAUUUUUAAUAAUUUAGGUUUAGUUUACGAAAAAAAUGAGAAUUUUGAAGUUGCAGAAUCAUUGUAUAACCAAGCUAUUCUGCAUGCUACAAAAGCUCAAGAUUUUGUUGGACUCGAACAAUUCUCUUUGAAUUUAGAUCGAUUAAUUAGUAAUGAACAACAACAAUCUGAUAUCGUAAACUGA